GGGAGCGACGCAUUAUUGCAGUAUAGUGCCAUCACACAAACACACUAACGAAACUAGCGCACAAACCGACACACAUAUACGCUUCGACACACUCGCCGGGAGAGGGGGAACAACGGCGGUGUUAGAUAAUUCUAGAUAAUUCUGAAACUAGACCACGGGAAAAUAGUGAAAUUAUAUAAUUGGGUAAUGCAAAGGAAAGUGAAAUCAGUUGUGUUUAGCUUUUGAAGGGGAACGUGCAACUUAAACCAUUGGUGUGAUUUUGAGCAUCUCGACUCAGCAUCUUUGGAGUAUCACGACUUCUCUUGCAUAGAUUUAUUAUUUAAAGAAAUUCGCCAAGCAUCCUUGGAUUUAUCCCUUAUGGAUUUUACGAGCUGAAAUUGAGAAUCUGUGCACCACCCGAAUUCACUUUCAACCUCUUGUUCCGCUGCCUUUCUUCGAGUGAAUUAUUACCCGACGCUUGCCUGGGUAUUGCGGUACUUUGGGGAUGACUUGCGGUGCUAAAGCAUUGCUUUGAGGUUACUGCAUCAGCUUCUGCGUCCGUUUGUUAUUAACGCAUCAUUUUAAUCAGUCGAGUCUCUGAGGUUCUGGACAUCUUUGGACGACAGCAGAGAUUUUCCCAUUGCUUUUUUGUGAUUUCGCGUUUUAAUUUUUUACUUCAGACCCUUCCCCCUUUCGUCUCUCGCGCCCCCCCCCCCCCCCCUCCCUUCCCCUACCGCUCAGUGACAGUGUGUCAGUUCCAAGCAGCUGCAUAGAAGAUGUCUGCCCCAGAUGCUGCUCCUCCAGCUGGACCUCCCGGAGCCCCAGGGGCCCCAGGAGCAGACGGAGCCCCAGGUGGAGGGCCCCCACCCCCUCCUCCCAACACCUCCAGCAACCGCAGGCUACAACAGACACAAGCCCAAGUGGAGGAGGUGGUGGAUAUUAUGCGGGUGAAUGUGGACAAGGUUCUGGAGAGGGACCAGAAGCUGUCGGAGCUGGAUGACAGAGCGGAUGCCCUCCAGGCCGGGGCCUCCCAGUUCGAGAGCUGUGCAGCCAAACUAAAGAGCAAAUACUGGUGGAAAAACGCAAAGAUGAUGAUCAUUAUGGGUAUCAUUGGAGUUCUUGUGGUCGGAGUCCUUUUCUUGUACUUCUUCUAUUGAGUUAUCCCAGCGUGGCAGGACACAGACAUGAGAGCGAAAUAGGAGAGAACAUCGAAAACAAAAUCGACACAAAUCCAAACUCCAGUCCCGCCCCCUUUUCCUCCACACCAGGUCUUCCAUCUAGCACUUAAACAUGACGCUCCUGUGUAGAUGUUGUUGCUCUCUUUUCUCUUUGUCCUCCUGCCCUUCCCGUCUCUUUGAUCCAUCUUUCUUCCUCUGUCUUGGCAUGCUGUCUCACUCACUCUCUCCUGCCUCUGCGUCUCAUACAUUAUUGAAGUGUGCAGUAGGGAAAGAGAGAGAAAGCAGGAAGAAGUGAAAGAGAGAGAGAAAGCAUGGAGAGAGAGAGUGAGUGCAAUGAGAGAGCGCAGCAGUUCUUUCUAUCCGCCAAAGCUUGUUCGUGUUACCUUUUGGAGAGCGUACCACAUUUGUAAAUUGAUACUGACAUACAGUACCUAACAACCCCUCCUGAUCCCCUACCUCAUACCACUACCAUUAUUAAUACUACUUACUAAUACAAGGUCAUGGUUAAGAUUAUGAUCAUUUUGUCAUGUGUGUGUGUGUGUGUGUGUGUGUGUACUUGUGAUCCAAAUCAGUGUAGCCAGUAGCUUUUUCCAGGGUUAGUUGAUGUAGGCCUUGACUGGCAUUCCUGCCUUUUCCUUUACCUCCCUCUUUCUCUCACUCACUGACUGUGGUGUUUAAGAGAGAGAUAGAGAGAGGAUAAGAAAAGCCAGGAAGGAUACUGGAAAAGGCAGAAACGACUUUUGGGACACUGACUUUUAGUAUAUCUUUAUUCUUGUACCACAGACAGACAGACGGACAGUUAGCUAGAUUAACAUUGACAGACAGAAACAGACAAUCUGUACCUACAUAGAGUAUUCUUUCAGGAGUGCAGACAAAAGUCUAUACAGCAUUAACUCUCGACACACCUAAAGGCAGGUCUGUGUAAUAACACUGCAUAGUACAUUUUUGAUUGAUUAGUGAGCAGCUUUACUGUGUUGUGGUUGUGUUCAGACACUCUUGUACGUUCUAGUAGAGAGGGUACAGGGUUAGGGAGGAAUGGUUCAAUAGACUGUCCCCUAUCUGGAGAGGACAUAACCAAAUAACCCCCCAAAUAACCCACUCCCUGCCCAUCAAACCAACAAAAACACACACACUGUUACCUACAGUAGACUUUAGGCUGUUACCUACAAUAGGCUGUUACCUACAGUAGCCAAUAGGCUGUUACCUACAGUAGCCAAUAGGCUGUUACCUACAGUAGCCUAUAGGCCCAAUGGAAGUAGUGUUUGUGUCUUACUUGACUUGCAUGGCAGACGAUGUCCAUAGUUUUGCCUAUUUGUGUGACCUAUGUAUCUGCCAUUUCUGAAACUAACUGCCGAUUGUACAUUUAUUUUGUUUGGUUUAGUGGUUUUCAGGACCUGUGUAUAGGCUACUGUAUCUAUGCGCUCAAUUAAUAACUCAUGCGUAUGCAAUGUAGUGAAGCUCAAGAGUUUGCUAAAUUUUUGUUGCUCACAUGCUUUCGAAAUAACUAAUACACAACCAGAGAACAAUGGUUACUACAGUAGUAUUCUGACGGGAAAAAAACUAAAAACGUAAAUCGUAGUACCGUACAAGUAGUACCAUAAAGUACUUCAUCUUUGCCAGACUAUUGCUCCUGAAAAUGUGUUUUUUAGUAAGUUUAUAUUUUACCUUUGGUGUUGGAUAUUCCAGAAAAUAUAAUUUUCCUCUCAAUGGUUGAUACAGAGGGACUGUUUGACACAUUGUAAAAAAAAAUAUGAAAAAUAGCUAUGUGUAAAUUGCAUUUAUGAAUGAAAAUAGUGGUGAUUACUCAACAAUGAUCUAAUAAUAUUGUGCAAUAAUAUUAUUAGGUAAGAAAUUAUACAACAUGAGAAUACUGCGAGAGAUAAAACUGGAUCAUGAGAAUUCUUUAAACGCAUGCU